GAAUCCAGUAAAGCACCUCCCUUCAAAGACAAAAGGAAGAAGGUGGUUUUAUGCCUGAUAGGAUUGCUUUAUUUAAAUUCACGCGCUGCAAGAAUGACAAGUGGAUUACACGUGAAGCCGAGGAAACUUAUCAAAAGAUGAUCACCAUGUUUGAGACUUCAGCAUCAAAUGAAAAUCCAAUGACUGUUGAUCAAGUUUAUGAUGAUGUAAUGGGCACACGAUCAGGAUAUAUCAAAGGAAUGGGGAAUGGACCAAAACCACAAACAUCUAGAUCCACUCGAGCAAACACGUCCCAUCUUGAGGAUCAAAUGAAAGCGACUAUGAAUGAGAACUCUCAACUGAAGACAGAACUUGCUGAUUUAAAGAUGAGGUUUCAACAAUAUGAAGAAUUACUUGCUGCAUUAGCGGCAGAGAGAUCUAACCAAGAGUGAAUUAAUUCAAUGGAUGAAAUUUUUUUGUGAAUUACAAGGUAAAGUACAUUACUAUGUUUAAGG